AUGAAUCCAAUCUUCCGCAGUAGCCUCUCAUCGAAGGCAAUCAAAUCCUCGACUCUUCCAAUCUGCCGCCAGAGGAGCGUCUUCCCUCAACCAUGGCGAUUCUACUCUCAGAGCUCCUACGGCGAAGCUGAACAAAAACCAGAAGGUAAAACAGAAGCUCAAACGAGCAAGGCUACGCGCGAUAUCGAACACCCAGGACCCCCUCCCCCGGACGUCAGCAAGGGCAAGGGCUCGUCUUCACCUUCAUCCGGCUCUGGCUCACGCUCUCAGAACCAACCCCCAUCAGACGAGGAAACCCGCCGCAGCAACGACGGUGCAGAGGUCUACCCGCACGUCACAAGCAGGCCGUCGAAUAACGCCCGGCCGACCCUCAACGACGGACGGUCGCCCAACGUCGACGAGGAGGGGAACCCGCGUCCGGACGUGCCAGAGGACGUGAAGCGGCAUAAUGCCGAGAUUGAGAAUCGGCAUGACCGGGCGUAUAAUAAGAUGGAGGAUGAUGGGAAGGUGCAGAAGGUGUCUUGGAAAAAUCCGAAGUAG